AUGGACUGGGAUAUAGGAAAGUCAUGGGAAAAAUGGUUGGUAAUUCAACAGCAACUGGUGGCCUAUCAUAUUAAGGAUAUUCUUAUUCCUUUCUUCAGGGGUGGGAAAUACACGGAGGAUGAUGCAAGGACCGUCAUGAUACAAAUAUUAAAUGUUGUUGCGUUUUGCCACCUUCAAGGCGAUGAGGAUUCACAGUUGAAGGCUAUAGACUUUGGCUUGUCAGAUUUUGUCAAACCAGGUUGGUCGUCAAAGGUUCUGAUUAUAGUUUUGGAAACUGCAUUACAGUUUUCAUUUAAUUACAAUUUGAUUUUUGUUCUUUCAUUGGCCUUUAACCUCACCAAUUUGAAGAGUAGAGGCUACCCAUAUGAGGAAUUGGGUGGGCAAGAGAGGAGUAGAACUACCCAAGAGCAAGGGAACUCAAAAUUGGACUUUUGGAAACUGCACUGCAGUUUUGGAAAGUGCAUUGCUAGAAACAAAGUAUUUUACCAACAUGUCUUGAAUUAA